AUGGCCCCAUUUCUGGGCCUAAGAGGCUCCAGCCUGCGCACUGCUAUUGCAUUGGCAGCUGGACUUUGCUUCGUCGCCUUUGGAUACGGCCAGAGUGAUUUUGGAGGCCUUCUUACGGUCUCCACUUUCAGAGAGAGAUUUCCAGAGAUUGAUACCGUCGGAAGACCCUAUAGUAGCCAUGUUGCCGUUAUCCAAGGAAUCACAAAUGCGACAUGGAACAUUGGAUGCUUUGCAAGUGCCAUUAUUGCAGUCUUCCUCGGCAACUACCUCGGUCGUCGACAAAUGAUCAUUCUUGGCUUGGUCGUGAUGGCAAUCGGCAAGGUCAUUCAAGCUUCCUCCUAUUCCUAUGGCCAAUUGGUUGCUGGAAGGUUCAUUGCUGGCUUCGGCAAUGGCUUCAACACUUCUGCCGUGCCAGCUUGGCAAGCAGAAUCGACUCGUGCACAUCGUCGAGGCACCAUGCUCAUGGUCUCUUCUGGAGCCUGCAUCGCUUUUGGUGUUGCCUUGGCCUACUGGGUCGACUUUGCCUUUGCAUGGGUCGCUCCCAGCUCGGCCUCAUGGAGAGUCGCCACUGCAUUCCAGAUUGUACCGGCAAUGCUGGCAUUCAUGCUCAUCAUCUUCCUUCCCGAGUCACCUCGUUGGCUUAUCCUCACUGGUAGAGAGGAAGGAGCGCUGACUGUUCUAUCGGCACUUUCGGAUGCAACCCCAGAUGACGAAGAAGUUCGCCAGGAGUUUCUCCAAAUCAAGGAUGCUAUUCUCGAGAUGGCUCGUGGAGGUUUCUCUUCUGCCUUCGCGAUGAACGAGUAUAGGUAUCUGCAUCGCACCAUACUCGCAUUCAUGCUCCAGGUCAUGCAGCAGUGGACGGGUAUCAACCUAUUUACUCAAUACCUUGCUCUCAUCUUCAACACACAAACAGACUACAAGCCGUGGGUGGCCAGACUACUUGCAGGUUGUAGUGCGACCGAGCUGUUCCUGGCAUCUUUCGUCACUGUCAUUGGUAUUGACCGAUUUUGGGGCCGACGAGCUCUGUCUAUGUUCGGUGCCGUAGUAAUGAGCUACGUCAAUAUCAGCUCUACCCACAUCGUCAUGGUGGUGUUCAUCUUCGUCUAUAACACUUUCUUUGCUAUCGGAUGGCAAGGCAUGUCAUGGCUAUGGGCUGUUGAAUUGACGCCUCUAGCCAUUAGAGGACCUACCAAUGCCAUGUCGACUGCUGGCAAUUGGCUUAGCAACUUCGUCGUUGUCCUCAUCACACCGAUCGCCUUCCAUAACAUAGGUUACCGGACAUACAUCAUCUUUGCGGUCAUCAAUGCUGCUAUCAUUCCAAUAGUUUAUUUCUUCUAUCCGGAGACUGGAUGCCGUUGUCUGGAGGAGGUUGACGUCUUGUUCCAUCAAGCAUCUCAAACCUCAAGUCCUUGGACCUCUGUGGUCAAGGUCGCAAACAAGGAGCCUCUCUGGUAUGGCAAAGGUGGUGAACAGACCUUUACAUAUGAAAGAAGCGAUUGGCAUCAACAUUUGGCCGAAACUCAAGGAAGCCGAAGCUCUGAUGGCCAUGUGGCUUCUUCAUCUAAUGGCAGUCCACCUGGUAUGGAAGAGAAGCAAGAAGUCUAG